AUGGCUGAUUGGGGUAACGAUCAAGGUGGCUCUACCAACGGCUAUGGUGAUGAUGGCCACAACAACAACGAUUUCACCAACGAUGCUGGAUUUGGCAGUACUGGGUUUGAUGGUGCCGAAGGCCUCGGAGACGGCCAGCCUGGUGGCGACGACAAGUGUUUUAGCUGCGGCGAGACUAAUCACCGUCGUGCCGAGUGUCCUAACCCCCAGGAGAUGACCUGCCGCUAUUGCAAGAAGGAAGGUCACAUGCGCAAGGAUUGCCCCGAGGCUCCAGUCAUGGUCUGCGAGAACUGUGGUGAAGAAGGCCACUUCCGCAAGAACUGCGAGAAGCCUCGCAAGAUCAACCGUGAUCACAUUGCCGACGUGGACCCCGAGACUGCUUGGCAGAAGAUCAAGGCGGCAGUUGCCAAUCGAGAUGUCGACGACGCCAAAGAAGCUGUGAACGAAUACAUCAAGUCUAUGCAUGGCGAAAUCACCUACCGCCAGCUUCAGGAGGCUUUCAUCGACAAUGCCAUUGGUCUCUGGCUCAUUUCCACUGAGCGAACCCUUGUUCAGGUCUUCACCAACAUGGAUCUUCAGGGUAAUGUCGACAAGAAGUACACUGUUUCCUACCGUUUCACCGAACAGGCCGACCGUCCCCGGGAGAUUGAGGGGUGGCCCAAGAACCGGGAGGAAAUCCUCGAGCGCCUGGACGACGCUGGUGAGAUUGUGGACCGAGGUCUCCCUCUUUGCUCCAACUGCAAGGAGCUGGGUCACAUCUCAAAGUAUUGCACUCAGGAGAAGAUGGAACGCACCGACGCACCCAAGAUCGCGUGCUACAACUGCGGCGCUGAUGGUCACCGUGUCCGAGACUGUCCCGAGCCUCGCGUUGACAAGAAUGCUUGCAAGAACUGCGGUCAAUCCAGCCACAAGGUCGCUGACUGCGAGGAGCCUCCCAACCCGGCGAACGUCGAAUGCCGCAAGUGCAACGAAGUUGGACACUUCGCCAAGGACUGCCCUCAGGGUGGUGGUCGUGCCUGCCGAAACUGUGGCCAAGAGGGACACAUCUCCAAGGAAUGUGACCAGCCCCGAGACAUGUCAACUGUGACCUGCCGCAACUGUGACCAGGUCGGGAGCAAGGUCCAGUGCUCCAACUGCCAGGAGUACGGGCAUACCAAGGUCCGGUGCAAGGCUCCCCCGGCUGAAGAGGCCGAUGGCGGUGGCGACGGAUGGGGAGCUAAUGACAGCGCUGCUGUUCAGACCGUUGGCGGUGACGAUGGAGGCUGGUAA